AUGAGUGAGCAAGACCCCAAGGAGCCUCCAGAGCCCAAGUCUAGAAAAAGGCAGAGGGAUUCGUAUUACUCCAUUAUAGCAGGUAAGACUACUACCUGUGAAUGGAUGGUGGAUUAUAGAAGCUUAGUGAAGAUUAUGCCAGUUCGUAGGAUUUUGCAGUUGGGUUUAGAAUUUUUCUUUCAAAAGGAGAAUAGAGUGGAGGGUAUGGAGGGUGGGCAAAUGGAUAUUCUGGAGACACAAUCACAGAUAGUGAAAGAGUUAGAGUUUUUAGCUGUGGUUCAAAAGAUGAUGUUUGAAGCUCUGCUGCCCAACUUGACUUAUCAAGAUGUUCCUCCGCCACCACUUAUUUCUCAGCCUAGUAGUUUAGUACCACCUUCAUCUAUGACUACACCACCUUAUGCCUUUGUGACUAAGCUGAGAGGAGAUGUGCAUGAGAUAUACAGUAGUGAGUCUAAAGAGGAGGGAGAGUACGAGUCAGAGGUUGAGUCUGAGUAG